AUGGUUCUCGCGCAGCCCCAGAAUCAACAUGUCAAAGGACUUUUUGACCUGACCGGCAAAGUCGCCGUCGUGACUGGUGGUGCUCGUGGGAUCGGCCUCGAAGUGUCUCGCGGACUAGCUGAGGCUGGUGCUCAUGUAGCGUUGCUUUACAAUUCAUCCAAGACAGCUGAAGCCACCGCCGCGGAUAUCGCAGCCACGAACAACGUGCGCGCCGUUGCAUACCAGGCCAAUGUCGCCGACCAGUCUGAGAUUGAGUCGGUGAUUCAGCAGGUCGCUAGGGACUUUGGAAAGCUUGACAUUCUUGUCGCCAACUCGGGCAUCGUGAGUAGCGUCGCCGCCGAAGACUAUACCCCCAGCCAGUGGAGCGAAAUUAUGAAGGUCAACCUUGACGGUGCAUUCUACUCUGCUCAAGCGGCCGCUCGUAUCUUCAAGCGGCAGGGUCAUGGUAAUGUGAUAUUCACGGCUUCUGUGAGCGCGACUUUGGUCAAUGUCCCUCAAAAGCAAGCCGCCGAGUAUAAUGCGUCCAAAGCCGGCGUAGUACAAUUGGCCAAGUGUCUUUCUGUCGAAUGGGUCGACUUUUGCCGGGUUAACUGUAUCUCGCCUGGCUUCAUCGCGACCGACAUCCUUGACAUCCACCCAGAGGAAUGGCGCGCCAAGUGGUACGAUAUGAUACCUGCGAAACGCAUGGCCCAGACAUACGAAUUGAAAGGGGCUUAUGUCUUCUGUGCUUCCGAUGCUUCGAGCUACAUGACCGGAGCCGACAUUAUAAUAGACGGGGGUUAUACCCUCCCUUAA